AUGCACUCUGGGUCGCACGCGCAGUGUAGUCUGGGAAUAAACGUCGAUUUCAUGGUGGAGAAAACUGAAUGAAACUUUGCCGAAGUUGCCGGCGAAUUUACUACACUUUACCGCAUAGGCAGGCACAAAAUCCUUCAAGAACCUCUUGGGACACGGGGCAAUUGUUUUCCGAUCUCCUGAUCGACGGAUUGAGAGUUUGAUGCACGGCAUUCUGUUUGAAAUCCAUGUUUGAUGCCUUGAGUUGCCAUGUCAACUGGAGGUGGUCUGCUGUGAUCCAAUGAAUCCAGGCAUGGAGCCGGGAAUCCGUGAUGGGUCCGGAAUUCCCAGGAAGAAAGCCCUCCUGAACGGCUCCCUGGAUGAUGAGUCGUUGAUCCCGUCGCAACUCAUCCAAGAGACUCUCGCAUUGGACGAGAGAGCUCCACAGAUAAAGUGCGAUGUGGAGAAUCCACCAAUUGGAGCAGGGAACAGAGAGGAUCGCCUACUGCUACCAAAACUGUCCAAUCAGAGCAAGGACGAAGUGAUCCCACAGAAAAUUGCAGACUCAGUUUCUAAACCCAUGCCUCCGGAUUUUUUUGACUCGAAUCCAGAUAGUCAUCUAACUUUGCAGAGAACUGCAGAAAAAUCUGUGGAUGACAAAAACCAAAUAAGAAAUGAAAUUGUGGUCAUGGAAGCCACCUCUUUCAAAGCAACGACAUCAAACUCUCCGGAAAAUCAACAAAGUGCUCCUUUGGACAAUCCACCAACAGAACCAUGUCCGGUAGAUGUUCGCUUUCAAAAGUCAAACCUAAUCCAAACAUGCGCAGAAAACGAAUCCGACACGAAACCAUUCCAGCUGAACACUCCGCACAGUGCAAUAGACAGUAACAGUGAACAAGAUCGCGUAGUUGACGCCAGCAUAAAACCAAAGGAACAGCCCUGCAAUAAUACGACGCCAACUACAAGUUCACUAACAGCACCAGAAUCCAGUUCCAACCGAUGUAUAGAAAGUGUGGAAGCAACAGGAGAAACAGGAAUGGACGUACUUGUAGAAGAAUAUGAGGAAAUAGUGAAUGAAUCUAAAAACGAAGUUACUCGCUCUUCAUUGCUGUCAAUGUCCCCAAACAGUGCAUUUGGCGAGACCAAAUCAGAGCAAUCAGAAACGACCAAUAACAGCCGUGCAACAAGUCGUCGGGACCCUUUGACAUCUUCAAGUGAUUCCCAAAGGCCCACUGCAACCGACACAGCUAGCUCCUCCAGGUCAGCCUCCUCAAGUCAGAAGAGCUCCUCCAAGCUGCGAGGCAACGCGAUGAUUUACGUCCCGUACCUCUCCGAGGAACUGAUGCAGGGCUACCGCAUCCUGACCGAGAUUUUCGGCGACAAGUGCAAGUCGUUUGUCUGGCCGUUUCUGGACCCCGUGGACACGGACACACUGUGGGACUACGAGAGCAAGAUCAAGCAUCCGAUGUGGCUCAGAAAGAUCGAAUCCAAGUUUGUCAACAAGGAGUACCAGAGCAUCACUGAAUUUGCCGUGGACAUCCGACAGAUGCUGGAGAACUGCUACCGCUACAAUGGCAUCAAGCAUCAGAUCUCCAAGUACGCACAGACCCUGGAGUGUGUGUUUGAGCAGAAACUGGCUCUUCUAUCACGGCCCCUUCAAGAGAAGACAACGCUGUAUGUCACCUCAGAUGGCAAGUACAACGACGGAUGCCCUAAUACAGUGGAACUGUCAUCAGGUCGUCUACGCCGCACAUGCACCCGCCUGGCAUCCCGCGCCCUGGAGCAAAAAGCGGCCGCGCCGCUGGCCUUCCACAUCAAGCAGGAGCUAGAGCAGCAGGAACGCGAAGAGAAGCGACAGAAGAUCGUUGACCGACGAGACGAGAUCAUCAAGGAGAGGCAGGACCUACUGGAGUGGGAUAAGCAGUUGAUUGGGGAGACACAAUGGACGUAUAUGAAGUCAAUCUGGGAGAUUCCAGCUAUUGGUCACUUCCUGUGUCUCUGCCAGUCCUCACUGGAGCUAGAGGAGAUCAGCUUCUUUGAGUUGGAGCGUUCCUUCGCCAUCCCCAUGGAGAGCAUGAUUCUGCGACGAAUCUUCACGACGCUGCUCAGUACGCCGUAUCAGCGCACAAGGCUCGGCAAGAAGCCGCCCAUGCCAUACAAAGUGUGGGAGGCCCGGCUCAGGGAGUGGGUGAGAGGCUGGUAUGUCGUCUACAACAAGCUGGGAGAUCCUACCAAAGUGUAUGAGAAGAUUGGCGUGCCUGAGCGGUUCUUUGAGGUGCUGGGUCCCCACUUCCCGCUGGACAGGGUCCAGUACCACGAGCUGACCUACUACGAGAGAGUCUGGAUUAUGAAGGCUCUCUGCGACCAGCUUUUUGAGACCCAGAUGAGCAUUCGGCGCUGCGUCCUGGCCCAGCCGGUGGAGGAGCAGAGACCCAUCAUCCUGGGUGUGGACGGAGAGGCCAACUCCUACGUCCACUUCCCUCAAUUCUGUGGGGCUGACCUGAGGAUCUAUCGCCAGUCCAAGUACCCGGACCUCCUGAAGAAGUCCAAGAAGGACAGGGUGAAGACAGAGGAAAUGGAAGACCCGACUGAAGAGCAGUAUACUCAACGACGCAAAUACCGCAAAGGCCCGGCAGCGAGGAAACGUAUCGCCAAGCCUAAACCUGUCAUCGUGGAAACUCCCCGCUCCAGGCCAAGCAGACUACGCCAGAGACUGACUACCACCGUACAUUAUGGGACAUAUGCAGAGAGUGUCAUCUCCAGCACAGAGUCUGAGGAUGUCACCAGCGAGUUUACAGAGAUGGAGGACGAGCCCGAGUCAGACAGCCAAUCGGAAUGCCAGUCGACGUCAAACAGCCAAUCAGAAUGCCAGGCAGCAUCAAACAGCCAAUCAGAAUGCCAGGUGACGUCACGCAGCCAAUCAGAAGGCCAGACAAUAUCAGGCAGCCAAUCAAAAGACUGCACAACCUCAAACAGCCAAUCAGAAGGCCAUCCGACAUCAAACAGCCAAUCAAAAUGCCCAACGACAUCGGACGAACCUCAGGAAGAUGCAAAACCGAUGGAUGGAGUUCAGGAAGAAGAAAUUGUAAAAGAUCCCAAAAGGGACAAUGGAGACAGUUUUAACAAAAGCAGGGCAAAUGAGGAAUGCGAAACGGUUGCAGAAAUUCAAACUGGAGAAGAGAAGCACCAACCGUCGCACACCACUGGAGUAGUGAAACAGGAACCAACAUUGACUGUUGAAUCCAUGGACUCAAGAGUUGACUAUCUGAAUGCCGAACUGAAACCCAGUCCAACUGAGCAACUGUGCAAUGGGGAAACCACUUCUAGUCAUUCCUCCACAACUUCUGAAAAUAUUUCCCUGGAGGGCCAUCCAAAGUCCUACCCUGAACAAGAGACAAAGGACGGUAUCUUCAAAGAUGCUGAAAAGUGUCGGAGCCCCUCCUUUCAAAAUGGAACGAGCAGUCAAGGCAGUGACUUCAGUGCCAGUGCAGAACACUCCAUUAAAACCGAGGGGGAAGCAGAAGCUGCCGCAGCUUCGGAGGGGAGUGCAGUCACUGAAGAGCCAAACACGAACAACAAUUCCAGCCAGACUUUGGACAUACAUCAUGAUAUGAAACUUCUGGCAGAGCCAAACGACAAACCCUGCGGUGAUACCGCCCCAAACGCAGGGGAUGACACAGUCCCCACUGCGGGGGAUGACACAGGCCCACCGGCAUCCCCUCCCAAACCCCACGUGGAGGUCCUCCCCGUUCUCGGAGAGUUUGAGUUGGUCUGUGACAGCAUGGAGUCCUUGAAGGAGCUGGUUGAUAAGUUUGGUCCACCGGAGUCAAAGCCCCUGCCACCAACCACAGGAAGGAAAAGAAAGGCAACCAUGUACGUCAAGCCACCCGUGCGCAAACGCUGCGAGAAAGAGCUACACGAGAAGCUGACCAACCUGCUCCUGGAGCUGACCCCUUACGAGGCCAAGCUGGCCAAGUUUGCCAUACGCAACCGGGAGCGGUUCAAGAAGGAGUACGAAGCAGCCCAGACGGCUCCUGAAACUGAUCAGGACAUCAAGGACAUAUGGGCAUCAGAAGAGUCAUCAUCAGAAUCUGCAAGUGAUGCUGAAUCAGAGAGUGACGAGGAAGCACAGCCAGCCAAAGACAAUGAUGAAGAUUGGGAUGCCUGCUCUGAAGGCAUGAAACUUAGGAAGCGAAGCGCCAAGAAAUCAGCCGCUGCAGCUCAAGAUGCAGAUGAGGAAGCUGGAGAAACUGUUCAGGAAGAUGUCCCAAAGAAGCCAAAGCGGCCCAGACCCAGCGGCAGGAGAAGCCCUCCGCACAAGAAUCAGCUCAACACCAGCCUGAUGGGGCUGUUCAAGAGCCUCUCCACGGAUGGCUUGCAGGAUGCCUGCAAACGAUUGCAGACGAUGAUCAAGCGAGCGGAAUCCACUCGCAACCACAUGUUCCUCAAGUCAAAGAUCAGCCCAGCUUCCCUCUCCGGUUGUGGGGACGGGCAGGCAGUGAUGGCCUUCCUCAACAAAUUUUUCUGGUUUGGUGCGAAGCCCCCAGCUGUGGAAGGCAAGGUCGCUAAGACUGUGGAGGAGCUGACCAGCACAUACCCUACAUUUGUGCACAACCUCAUUUUCAGAAACAUUAAGAGUGGUCUAAGCAAGCUGGCCAACACUGCCAAGAGUACCAGUCAUGACAGCACCAACCAAAAGAAUGAACCUGAAUCCAAAGAAGAAUCUGACAUACAAUCAGAGCCAUCUCAAGAGGCUGUUCAGUCACAAUCCACUGAAGGAGAAAAUAUGUCAGAUGCGCUUACCAGUUCAGGCAGAAUUGAAACCAGGUCCUCAGUGUCGAACACCUCUCAGGAAAACAACUCAAAAUUGGAAUCCAACAUUAAGACAAAAGAAGUCAUGGAUGAUUUUACACUGGCUGGACUGUACACAGUUCUUAGCCAGACCAAGGGACUUUUGCGGGAGCGCCUGGCCACUGGGCUUUCAGAAUUACUGCCAGACUACCCAAAUCUGCAAGACAGCGUCGUCAAAAUUGACCAAAUGGUGAAGAAUGAGCAUGGAGAUUCAGUCCAACCAAGUUUGCCCUCAUCAAGAAGUGAAACUGACAAAGAGCUGCUCCUUAAAAUGCUGCCCAAGCCGUCGCAAUACCUAAGAGGUUCAAAAUCAGCAGCUGAAGGCUCCGCUCAUGUCACUCACGUCAAGUAUAUUUCCAACGAAGAUAUUGCAAGCAUGGGAAGCACCAUAAAGCCGGGCAAUUCCCUUAUAGUCCCUGUGCCCACGUCCAAGUUACCCUUCAUGCCAAAAAGCCGUUCCAAAACAGAAACUGCUAAAGCUGCAAUCCCAGCUAUAAAGCCAGCCCAUCCCAUUACCCAAGCAACUGCCACAACUGGUAGCCCUCAACUGUCUGAUAACCCAGGAGCUGUACCACAUGGUGUGUACACAAUCAAAGUGGAUGCCAGUGUAUGGUCACAGCUGCAAGGCAAGCCGGAGCUGCAACAGCAGUUUGUGCUUCAACAGAUCAAAGAGAUGCAGCGCAAGCAGACUGAGUCAGGCUCUUCGACCGACUCCACUGGGAGUCUGAACAACCCAGCACAGGCGGUGACGUGCAUCCGCAGCCCUCCGAAGGCCCAAGCCACAGUGCAAAAGCCUUCCUCGCAAACAAGACCCACCCCUGCUCGCAACACUGGACGAAUCUCACAAACCACCAACUUACAGAACAUUUCUGACCUGUCAUCUCUGCAGCCUAUCAAAUUGUCCAAACCAGCCCGGCCAAAGGCCUCUGCUAAACACCACGGUGGUUUGCCAGAACCUGCUUCAAAUUUAUCACAGAAAGAACUGAUUGCACUACUGCAACAGCAGCAGAGGCAGCUCCAACUUCAUCGGCAGCAACAGCAAGAGAAGCAGCUGCUAAAACAGAAGAAUGAGCAGCAGCCUCAGCAACAGCAGCAGACACACACACAGCAGCAUGCAAAACAACAAUUUGUACUAUCAGCGUCAGGAGCAUUACUUUUGCCACCUCAGCCUCAGCAGGUGACAUUAACAGGUAUGCCAAAGACUCCUAUCGUGCCAGGUGUCGGAAACACAUCUCAACGCGUUGUGCCUUCUUGUGUUCAACCUUCCAGUGCAGUAAACAGCUCAGUUCAGCCCACAAUAGCUCCCUCAUUAGCAUCGCAUGCUACAAAAUUAUCCACCAAGACCACUGUCACUGCAGCAGUGAAGCAACCAAAGAUGACAACGAAUCUAAACAAUCCCCAGCCUGGUGCAGUUGCUUCAUCGGCCACAACCAUCCUUUCCCAAAGUGGGCAACAACCUCAGAUUAUACAUCGAGCCCUAGUGCCUCAGAACCCUGUCUUGGUAUCUAAUCCCCCAAAAAGUCCAGGUAGUCAGCUUCAUCUUGUGCAGACAAACAAUGGUACUCAGUUUGUUGUGCGCACAGGCUCAUUGCAGGCCCCCAGGCUUCAAAGCCAGCCUUCUGCUGGAAUUAUUGGAAAUCCAAGAAACACAUUCCCUGUGGUCAUGGCAGGGCAGAAUAGCCAGGCUGCUGCAAUAGGUGUUACCUCAGCUAAUAGUACUGUCCUGGCCCUGCCACAAACUGCUCAGUUUUUGAUGCAGCCCAGUCAGGCUGUUCCAAACACUGCCAAAUGUCAGCCACAGAGUGUUCAGGGAAGCUGCAAUUCUCUGUUAGGGCAAGCGACUACGUCCGUAUAUCUAGUAGGAGCUACUCAAGCUGGGCCCCAAUCCAACCAGGAUACACCAAGAAGAGCAAAUAAUGCAUUAACAAACCAAAGUGUUGGACAACUUGCUCAGCCCCAGAGGCAGACAGCACCUGUUGUCAUCCAGAAGCCACAGUUGGCAGUCUUGAAAGGUUUAGGAGAUUCCAAGGUGAUCGUUGGGAGCCCAACAAAAAUGGUCCGUCUGGUGCAUCCAAGCCACCUUUCGACAGCAGCAACAUUUGUACCGACAUCUGUUCCAGGUCAGGUAGGGAGUUUGCCAGUUGUGGUGACUAAGGCUGUCCAAGUUGCACCACAAGGAGUGCAGGUGGUAGGCCAAGCUCCAGCUCAACAGCAGUUGGUACAUCCACCUGUUCAACCAGGCAAGAUGGAGUCUGUCCCUUCUGCCCUGGUUGCCCAAGGGUCACCAUCGGCGUCUGGGACCAUAAUUCAGGAGCAUCUACAUCAAGUCGUUCUACAACAGCUAGCUGCUGGGAAGCUCAAGCUUACACCUCAGACUAUUCCAGUGUCUCAGAUUGUCCAUCAGGUCAAUCAACAGCAAGCUCCAAACCAGCAGCCAAAGGCAGCACAGGUAGUCAACACCAACCCGUUAGUACUAUCUCAACAAGCACCUCAGCUGAUCACCAAAGUCCAGCAGUCAUUGCCUACCACUAUCAAGACCAGCCCCCCGAUUUCUGGGACAGAUGCUCUGUUUGACCGACAGUUGCAGGCCAGCAUCAAGAUACUCAGUCAGGCAAAAACUGGGCAAGGGUCUGCUGUCAGGCUCCUGGCAGCUCCCAGCAUGACCAACCAGGGAAAUCUAUCCGGCCAGGAACCGCAGAGACUUCAGCUAGUCAGCGCUGCCAGCUCAGUCACUGGGCCAGCAUGCUCAUUGAUCCAGGUGCCAGCUGUGCAAAACAGCCCAACACAGAUAGCAGUCCAAGCCUCUCAUUUGGUCCUGGCGCAGCCGUCUCUUAACAACCAAGCAAUCAGUCCAACUGUGCCGACCCAAUUCAUCUUGCAGACUGAAUCAAAUCAGCUGAUGGCUUCACCUCAGAACGCUGUUCAGAAGGGUGUAAAGCGAUCCUCGUUUGCACCUGUUGUGGCUUCUGUUGUAAAGGUACCCAGAGUCACUGCCCCCGAUCAAGCAGCGACAGCGCAAGCAGUACCAGCAACUACCUUCUCAGGAUUUCCACCAAACACUACCACGGGUGUAAGCUGAUACAUACAGUAUCCAGGGCAUCUAUCCAGGAAUCUGCUUUCAUAAGAAGACAAGAUUUCAAAAAAGACUUGUGUUGCUUUGUUUCUUUAACAGAGAAUUUCCAAUGUUUAUUUCUUUCAUGUUGGAUCGAGCUGUAACAAACUUCAGGUGCUUGAUUUGAGUAUGAAUUCACAAAGGGACCUUAUGAUUUUUGUCUCUUUUUCCCAAGCAUAUUUUUGAGUUCAAUACAUUCUGGUAUUAAAAUUCUUUGAUAUAUUAUUAAGUGUAUAAAUAUUUAUUAAGAUAAGAACAGUGCUGAAACUUUUCCCAUGUUUAAUUUUUCUGUGAAUAUCUUGGUUCCCAACACUGACUGUUGUCAUGACCAGUUGAUCAAAAGUGAGGUCAGGUUUUUUGUUCAUCAUUAUGGUCACUUUAUAAAUGUACAUGUACAUGUAUUUGCAAUAUUUUGUCUGUCGCACAACGAAGUGAGGCAUCGUGUGCACAAAGCCCAUAGACGAUACGCCACAUCGUGGUGCAGCCGAUGAUUUAUAUGCUCUUUCUUUCACCCCAAACAAGUUACAUGCACUUACAUUAAGGUGAUGUACUAUGUGGUGGACAUCACCUACAUGUAAUGUUCUUAGAGAACAUCACUUUUCAUCACUUUGGAAUAUUUCUUGCCCCUGCUGCUUUGUUUUAAACAGUUUUGUCCUAACAGCAGCAGGGGCGAAACUGUUCAAAACUCUCUGAAAACUAUAGAGAAUGGUACAAUGUACCUAUUAGCCUAAGUGUGUGAAGGCAUCAGAGCGUUAACCAGCGAGCGAACCAGAACGAAGACAACUAACGUCAGACAUUGGUACUCUAUAAAAAGAUGAUGUUCCCUGAGAAUGUGAGGUGAUGUUCUCCACACAGUCCAUCAGCUCAUCAUACCUGAACUUAUACAGUGCGACACGCGAACAGUUCUCAGCCAAAGAAAUCUCACAAUCCAAAGUCCAAGUUGUAGCAAGUAAUAUGCAUGAACCAGGUUGAGCUAGCAAUAAGUCCAACACACUGGCUGUUGUGAGUAGGGCCUA